GAGCACGUAGAAGCAACCGUUUAGGCACGACCGGCGCCGGGAGAGGGGGUGGAGGAGGAAGCCUCCCUCGCUUCCCUCGCCGCAGCGCCUCCCCUCCUCCUCCUCCACACACGCACGCAUCAGCUAGCGCCAUGGGAACAGAGGUGCUCCGCCCGCACGAUUGCCUCGCCCGCUCUAGGCGGCCGCGGCCGCUGCGCCCUGCCGCCGGGAGGAGGACGGCGGCGGCGCGCCAGGGCCAGUACCAGGGCCGUGGCGCGCGUGGCGACAAGCGGAGCCCCUCGGCGGCAGUGACGGUGCCGAGGCAGGUCGUCGCACGGACCAAGGUGGCGGCGGCGGACGCGUACGCGGGGCCGGCGUUCGGCGCCAUGUCGCCGUCGCCGCGCGCGCUGCCGCUGCCACGGUGGUUCUCCUCUAGGACGGUCGCCGACGACGACGCGACGGUGCCAGGCGUGGACGACGCCGCCACGCGGGAGCUUCGGCGGCUGCUGGGGCUCCAUUGACGCGUAAUAAGGCCAGGCACAAUUGUAAAAAAAAAAAAGAAGAGCAAUGGACAGGCGCCAUGGCUGCCCAUGAGCCCAGCAACACGUGCGCACGCAAGGUUCAGAUGCGUGGGUGUCUCUUUCCA